AUGGGAUCGAUAUUUCGGUCAGAAGAUAUGCAGCUCUCGCAGCUCAUAUUACACACCGAUUCCGCUUAUAAUUGCAUUGCCCAAUUGGGAGAACUGGGCAUUGUUCAAAUUCGUGAUGCAACACCUGAUGUUAACGCCUUCCAGCGUAAAUUUGUUGACGAAGUUCGUAGAUGUGACGAAAUGGAACGCAAAUUACGUUACAUCGAGGGCGAAAUUGUGAAAGAUAAUAUGUCGAUCUUUGAACCCGAUGAAGUCCCUGAAGCACCUCCACCACGAGAAAUGUUAGAUCUUGAAACAACUCUCGACAAAUUGGAUCACGAAUUACGAGAGGUUACUUACAAUGCGGAGCAGUUACAAAAAUCUUAUAUGGAGUUGACCGAGCUCAAAAUGGUCUUACGCUUGACCCAGCUUAUGCUGGAACAUAACACGUUGGAAGUUAAUGCAAGUCUAACAGGAGCUGAAGAUGUGCUGGUUGAGGUCCCGGAGGUACGGGAAUCUCAUGGCUACAUUGAAUUGCUGCCUUCGGAUGACUUCGACGUUGGUUUUCGUCAAUCUGGUGGUCUUAGCUCUACUACGUAUCGCAGUCAUCAUAUUGACUUCAUUGCUGGAACAAUUCCUCGUGAUCGGUGUUUGAGCUUUGAGAGAAUACUUUGGCGCGUCUCCCACGGAAACGUCUAUCUUAGAUUUGCUGAUUUAGAGCCAAUUGAAGAUCCCAUAACUGGCCAAAAACUUGACAAAUGCAUGUUUCUAAUCUUCUUCCAAGGUGAGCAGCUUCGUUCUCGCGCGGAGAAGGUGUGUGAAGGUUACCAUGCGACGAUUUAUGCAUGUCCUGACACUCAUGAAAAGCGUCAAGCCAUGCUUCUCGAUGUUACAAGCCGUCGUGAAGAUCUUCAAAUGGUUCUCAAUCGUACUAUCGAACAUCGUGCUCGAGUUCUUGAAUCAGCCGCGGAUCGACUUCGUGAAUGGUUCUACAAGGUCUACAAGAUGAAAGCCGUUUACCACUCAUUGAACCUCUUCAACCUCGACGUCACUACCAAGUGUAUGAUUGGUGAAUGUUGGUCCGCUGUUUCUGACCUUGAUGCUGUUAAAAUGGCUCUUCGACGCGGCAUGGAAUUGUCCAAUUCAACCCUUCAACCGAUUUUGAAUCGUUUACCCCCAACGGAGCAACCUCCAACCUUCCAUAGAACGAACAAAUUGACUGCUGCCUUUCAAGCAAUGGUUGAUUCCUAUGGAGUGGCUAGGUACCGGGAGGUCAAUCCGGCACUCUUCUCAGUCGUCACCUUCCCCUUUCUCUUUGCUGUAAUGUUUGGCGAUGCCGGACAUGGAUUUAUCAUGUUCUUGAUUGCUCUUUCUCUUGUGCUAUGGGAGAAAAAAUUGAUUGUAAGUUACCACAUCGUGCUUGCUGUAUUUUGCAAAUGUUUCGUUACACGGUUUGUCAUCGUGUGA